AUGGACUUCAAAGGUCAAUUGGCUUCGGCCUUGGUACUUAAUGUUACACUGAAGCUACUGAGCUUCACACUGUCCACCCUCCUGACACGUCAGCUUGCACCAAACGAAAAUGGCACCAAUUUUUCAAACCAACUGUAUUUCAAUACUGUUCUUUUUCUUGCACGGGACUGUGUUCGAAGUGUGAACGCCCGGCAUGACGUGCGGGAGAGGGCGGAGGAUGGCCGGCUGGUUCUGCAGGUGAUGAACUGCGCUAUGGCCUCUCUUCCGUUGGGAGUUUUAGUCAUGGUAGUGCUGGAGCUGCUGCCUUUUUGCGGCAUUCAUGUGUUUCCCUCUUUGGCUGCGCUGUCUCGUGUGGGGGAUAUCGCUACUGCACUGGGGGAAGCCAACAAUCACACGGUAGGGUUUCCAGAGGUGCUUCUAGCAUUGAGUGUCGGUGUUUUACUGAUGGUAGAACCAUGCAUUGCCCUGGUUCUCUGCUUCGAUUACUCACGGUUUAUUAUCACCUCCGAAUUCUGGGCGUUGUUGGCACGCUUGAUAACGUGUUUGAUAUUUGUGAAGUUGUGUGGUGGUCUGGGGGGGGAUUUGUACACUGCGCGCCUGUGCUUUGCCACGGGGUCCCUCACUUACGCCAUUGCGACUAUGAUGUAUUUUCUUUGGCUGUGGAAUAGCAACAGUAGUCCUGAGGACAGGAAAGAUAAAAAGGGGGAAGGCGAUGAUCUUCUACAGAGGGCUCGAAGGGGCGCAAUCGCAGCACGAUGGGGUGUCGCAUGUCUCACUUCCUCCUCCAUUUCGCCGUCGCUGCGGUUGCGUGUGUCUCUGCCGUGGUGUUUUCUUUCAUUGCGCUUGGCGGGUGCGGAGGUGGCGAAGGAGACGCUUCUGCUGCGUCAAUUUCUCAGCGAAAGUUGUUUGCGUCUUGUGCUAACAGAAGGGGAACGAUUCGCUCUUGCAACAUUUGGAUCGGCGACGGUGAUGGGUCAGUACGAUCUUAUUGCAAAUCUCGGGUCCAUCAUGACCCGCCUUGUUUUUCGCGUGUGGGAGAACGCCUGCUUUGUGAAGUGGAGCCGUGACGCUGCGGGGGGUAAGCCGGAGGAGGCCAUCAACCUUCUUUUUACCAUGCUGCGGGUUGCAUCGUAUUUUGGUGCGGCAGUUGUGCUGUUGGCGCCACCAGUUGCGGAGGGGUUUCUCCUGAGACUGUUUUCCAGCCGUUGGGCUUCCCCGGUGAUGGUGCAGGCGCUGCAGUUGUACUGUUACUUGCUGCCGCUCCUGGCAUGGUUUGGACUGCUGGACGCAUUUGUGCGUGCGACGGCAUCGGCAUCCAUGCUGCAGCUUACGCAGCGUGUGAUGUUGGCUCAGGCUGCGGUGUAUGGUGUUGCAUGUUACGUGGUGCUGCACCUGCGCUGGUUGGUUGUUGAACCGGUGCCGGGUCUCAUCGUAGUGAAUAUCAUCAGUAUGGCACUGCGCUGCGUGACGUGUGUCUGCCUGCUGGUUGCGGGGCCCGCCAUGACGACACCGCGGAAGGGUCACGGUUCUUCUCAGCCACUUUUGCGGCUGGGCGCAUUUAAGGCCGUUUUCAACCGACGGAUUGUGCUCGCGUGGGCGGCUCUCUUCGUGUGCACCCGGUGCACCCCAUGGGGGUUUCUCUCCGCGUUUACUGCGGCCCCUCUCUUUGCGUGGGCCGUUGUGAAGUGGGACACAGAGCUCCGCCAAGUGGCAUGGAACGCACUGCGUCGCUGA